AUGCGAAAAUCGUCGAAAGAGAUGAAUUCGCGGCGAGUUUCGCUGCCUGUCGCGUUGGCAAUUCCGCAACAGUUUCCGUCGCGACUUUCGCCGCCGUCGCCUGCGUCACCUGCGUCGCCGGCGACAAGAAGGUGAGUGAUUUGCGGUGGGGUCUCGAAGCGGAGAGGGCCUACAGUAAUCCAGGGGGUUUUCAAAUUACUGUAGCUACUUUUUUGAUGGGUCCUAUAGCGAUUUUUUGUAGGUUACUGUAGCCGAAAAUCUACAGUACCCCGGAAAAUCGACCAAAAACCAAGUGUACUGUAGAAGCUCUCGGAUUACUGUAGAUUUCUGGGUCUCGAAGCGGAGAGGCUACAGUAAUCCAGGGUUUUUAGAAUUACUGUGUAGCUACGUUUUUUGAUGGGUCCUAGAGCGAUUUUUGUAGGUUACUGUAGCCGAAAAUCUACAGUAACCCGGAAAAUAGACCAAAAACCAAGUGUACUGUAGAAGCUUCCGGAUUACUGUAGAUUUCUGAGUCUCGAAGCGAAGAGGGCCUACAGUAAUCCAGGGGGUUUUCAAAUUACUGUAGCUACGUUUUUUUUGGGUCCUAGAGCGAUUUUUUGUUGGUUACUGUAGCCGAAAAUCUACAGUAACCCGGAAAAUCGAUUUUUUUUUCUGGUUACUGUAGCUAGAAUUUUGCUACAGUAACCCAGAAAAUCGUCCCAGGACCCAAAUUUUGUGAAUUUUUGGGUCUCACAGCGAUUUCAGCUCAAAAUUCACCUACAGUAACCCGGAAAAUCGUGGCAGGACCCAAAAUUUCUAAAAAUUCUGAAUUUCUAGGUCUCACCCCGAUUUCAGCUCAAAAUUCACCUACAGUAACCCGGAAAAUCGUGCCAGGACCCAAAUUUUGUGAAUUUUUGGGUCUCGAAGCGAUUUCAGCUCAAAAUUCACCUACAGUACCCCAGAAAAUCGUGUCAGAACUCAAAUUUUUUGAAUUUCUGGGUCUUGUAGCGAUUUCAGCUCAAAAUUCACCUACAGUACCCCAGAAAAUCGUGCCAGGACCCAAAUUCGCUGAAUUUUCCAAAAAUCCCCACCAUUUCACCCCCAGAUCCCUGCCAACCUCACCAAUCUGCCGUCGAAGUUUGCCAAGUACACCGCGUACAAUUUCGCCACGUCGUCUCACAAAUCUGUUGCCAGAUGUUGAUGAGCAUUUUCCGUCGACAAGUUCGAGCUCGGAAAAUUCGCCGAGAAGAGUCAAGAAAAAACGACCGCCGCCGAGGUGAGAAAGUGCGCUCCGUUGAGAAAUUGGGGAUUUUUGAGCGGGAAAUUUGAAUUUUUCGUGAUUUUUUACCCCAGGGGUUGAAAAUGCGCUCUAUUGAGAAUUGUGAGGAAAAUUGAAAUUUUUUGAAAAAUUGCAAGUGCGCUCCAUUGAGAAAAUUGGGAUUCGGGAGCGCGAAAUUUGAAUUUUUCGUGAUUUUUUACCCCUACAAAGCUUCAAGUGCGCUCUAUUGAGAAUUUUGAAGAAAAUUCAAAUUUUCAAAAAUUGUUCCAACUGCGCUCUAAUGCUAAAAUAACAAUUUUUGAGCGGGAAAUUUGAAUUUCUCGUGGUUUUUUACCUUAAGAAGUGAAAAUGCGCUCUAUUGAGAAUUUCGAAGAAAAUUCAAAUUUCGAAAAAUUGCAAAUGCGCUCCAUUGAGAAAAUGGGGAUUUUUGAGCGGGAAAUUUGAAUUUUUCGUGAUUUUUUACCUUAAGAAGUGAAAAUACGCUCUAAUGAGAAUUUUGAGGAAAAUUUGAAUUUUUCAAAAUUGUUCAAAGUGCGCUCCAUUGAUAAAAUUGAGAUUUUUGAGCGGGAAAUUUGAAUUUUUUGGGAUUUUUUACCUUGAAAAGUGAAAAUGCGCUCUAUUGAGAAUUUUGAGGAAAAUUUGAAUUUUCAAAAAAUUGCAAGUGCGCUCCAUUGCAAAUACAGUAACCCCAAGCUUGUUUACUAUCAAAACGCUGCAAAUUUUCACGCAGAUAUCAAUAUUCUCUACAAUCGGCGGCCCUAAAACGGGCCGAUUCUCAGGCCGGCCCAGAAGAUGAGGAAAAACCCGAGGGAAGUCUGCGAAGUUUCGACAUCAAAAAUGGUCAGGUUGUGGAUAAUGGCUACAAAAAUGUGGGGCAACCGAAUUAUAAUAGUAAGUUCAAAAUUUUGGCGCCAAAAAUUUUUGAUCUACAGUAAGAAUUGCGUGCAUUUUGACACCAAACAAGCCUAGGAUUACUGUAGAUCAAAAAUUAUCGAUCUACAGUAACCCUAGCCAUGUUUACUAUCAAAAUGCACCAUUUUUCGCGCCAAAACCUACAGUACUCCCCGAAUUUUUGCAGAAGACCGGCGUGCCACGUGUCCCGAAGUCUACCUGUUCCCCGAAACCGGCUCAAAACCGAUGCGCCACGUGGUUUUGCGGAUAUACGGUUUUAAAGGGACAGGCAAAAAAUCGUUGCUGAAUUCUUUGAAUCAAUAUGCCACGCGGCUUGUCACACGUUAUAACGUGGAUCGUGAGUACUGUAAGACUACUGUAGGUACAGUAACCCUGUGAUUUUUGCAGCCGGUGAUGAGGAGGAGAGUUGCUCGAAAAUCAUCACUUUUUUGCUGAACAAUGAGCCGAUUGAGCUGGAAAUUUUGCUGGAAUCCACGUUGGAGGUACGGUAGUUUUUGAGGGGGGCCUGAAAAAAGGCCUAUUCAAGUUUUAGGCUUAGGCUCAGCCAAAAAUCAGGCCUGGUUAGUUUAGGCUUAGCUUAUCAAUUAGACUUAGCUUAGGCUUAGGCUAAUUAAUUAGGCCCAAUCAAUUCAGGCUUAGGCCCAGUAGGCCUAAAAAUUAGGCCCAAUCAAUUCAGGCUUAGGCCCCAGUAGGCCUAAUUAAUUUAGGCUAAGCUUAGGCUUAGCCAAAAAUCAGGCCUAGUUAAUUUAGGCUUAGCCAAUUAAUUUAGGCUCAGCUUAGGCUUAGCUAAUUAGUUAGGCUUAGCAAAUUAGUCAGGCCUAAUUAAUUUAGGCUCAGCUUAGGCUUAGCUAAUCAGUUAGGCCUAAUUGAUUAGGGCUCAGCAUAGGCUUAGCCAAUUAUCUUAGGCUUAGCAAAUUAGUCAGGCUUAGGCUAAUUUUAGGCCUAGCCAAUUAAUUAGGCUCAUUUUAGGCCUAGCUAAUUUAGUCUCAGCUCAGGCUUAUGUUAGGCUAAUUAAGGCUCAGCUUAGGCUUAGGCCCAGUUAAUUUAGGCUUAGCCAAAAAUCAGGCCUAAUCAAUUUAGGCUCAGCUUAGGCUUAGGCUAAUUAAUUAGGCCUAUUAAAUUUAGGCUUAACCUAGGCUUGGUCAAUUAUUUAGGCUCAGCUUAGGCUUAGGCAAAAAUCAGGCCUAAUUAAUUUAGGCUCAGCUUAGGCUUAGACAUCGAUAGUUACUGUAUAUCCCUCUAGAUUACUGUAUGCACCUUUGAGUACCUCUAGAUUACUGUAUGUCCCUUUGAGAACCUCCAGAACCCCUAGAAUCACUAUAUGUUCCUUUAAAGACCUCUAGAUUACUGUAUGCACCUUUGAGUACCUCUAGAUUACUGUAAAAUUCCAGAAUUCUCCAUUCGCCUCGUGUCUCACAAUGUAUGCCAUAAUGUACAACGUGGAUUCCAAAGAGGCAUUUCUCGAUGCCACGUGUCUUUUAGAGCGGUAUGUGCCUUUAAAAAUACUUACAGUAACCCACCUACAGUAACUUUUUGCAGAUUAAUUCAUCGAAAAAUCGCCGCAAAUCCCGCAAAUAUAAUUUUGGUGGGAAACAAGGUGGAUUUGAAAAGGAAUACGGUAGUCGGGAAAUUUGAAGGCGCAUGUUUGGCAAAAUUGCACAAAUGCAAUUUUAUCGAAAUUUCCGCGACACUUUCGAUGAAUUUGAGCGAAUUGUGGAAUAUUAUAUUGAAACAGGUUCAGGUAAUGCGUCAGUGAAUAGAUUUGUUGACGCGAAAAUUGUAGCUUGGAUUUUGGGCCUACAGAAAAUGCGUCAACAGCAGAAAUAUCUUGAAGUUUUUGAGCUAUAAAUUUUACGUCAGUGAAUAGAUUUGUUGACGCGUUUUUGGUAGCUCCAGGUUUUGAGCAAAGAAAUUCAAUGCUGACGCUUUUUUGGUAGCUCCAGGUUUUGAUUUGUUGACGCGAAAUUUGUAGCUUGGAUUUUGGGCCUACAAAAAAUGCGCAAGCAUCAGAAACAUCUUGAAGUUUUUGAGCAACAUUAUGAUGCUGACGCAUUUUUGGUAGCUCCAGGUUUUGAGCAAGGAAAUUUAAUGCUGACGCGUUUUUGGUAGCUCCAGGUUUUGAGCAAGGAAAUUCAAUGCUGACGCGUUUUUGGUAGCUCCAGAUUUUGAGCAAAGAAAUUCAAUGCUGACGCGUUUUUGGUAGCUCCAGGUUUUGAGCAAGGAAAUUCAAUGCUGACGCGUUUUUGGUAGCUCCAGGUUUUGAGCAAGGAAAUUCAAUGCUGACGCGUUUUUGGUAGCUCUAAAUUUUGUGAAAUUCAAUGCUGACGCGUUUUUGGUAGCUCUAAAAGUUUUUUGAGCUACAAUAUUUGCGUCAGUGUUGAGUUUUGUUCGAAAAAUGCUUCCAGAGCUUUUUUCAGAUACGAAAUUCGUGUCAGUGAAGAGAUUUGUUGACGCGAAAUUUGUAGCUCUACAAAAAACGCGCCAACAACAGGAAUCUCUUGAAGUUUUUGAGCUACAAAAUUUGCGUCAGCAUAGAAUUUCCUUGCUCAAAACCUGGAGCUACCAAAAAAGCGUCAGCAUCAAAUUUCACAAAAUUUAGAGCUACCAAAAACGCGUCAGCAUUGAAUUUCAUGACGUAAAACUUAGAGCUACCAAAAAAGCGUCAGCAUUGAUUUUCCUUGCUCAAAACCUGGAGCUACCAAAAAAGCGUCAGCAUUGAAUUUCCUGACGCAAAAAAUGUCAUCUUGCAGACACCGCCACAAUCCUCCUCCUCCACAGGAGGCCACCACCAAAACGCCACGUCAUCCACAUCCACAUCUGGCCUCCACGUGGCCUCCACGUGGAUGACGCGAAUUUUUUCGCGAACCCGACAAUUCGCCCACUCGGCCGAACAAAUUGUCAGCAAAAUUUUGUGA